UGCGCUGGUGGUCAGCGGCCCUGCCCCAAUGCCCGUGUGACCUUGGGCAAGGCCUCCGCUCUCUCUGGGGCACAUUCACUCAUCUGGAGAACGUGGGGUUGGACCAUUGAGUUCUGGCCACCCCUGAGGCUCUGACAAUCGUGAUUUGGGUGGCGGGAGUCUGCUAAAUUUGCUGGUGGAGGCAGCUGUGGCCAGAGCCUGGCCUGCCAGACCCUUGCUCCGUCCUGGGGUGUCCUGCUGAAGGGCAAGAGGAGAAGCCAUGCUGGGCAGCGGCCCCAGCGAGAGGAUGACGUGGCCCAGUCCGGCCCUCCCCGCGGCCCCCCCAAUGCGGCCUCUCUCCUCAGCCCCGGGGACACCAACCAUCUCGCCCCUCACCCGGACCCGCAGCCUCAUGGCCAUGUCCCUGCCAGGCAGUAGACGGGCCUCUGCUGGAUCCCGCAGGCGCACCUCUCCGCCCGUGAGCGUGCGGGAUGCCUACGGCACCUCUUCUCUCAGCAGCAGCAGCAACUCGGGCUCCUACAAGGGCAGUGACAGCAGCCCCACACCCAGGCGCUCCAUGAAGUACACGCUGUGCAGCGACAACCAUGGCAUCAAGCCGCCCACCCCAGAGCAGUACCUGACGCCACUGCAGCAGAAGGAGGUGUGCAUCCGGCACCUGAAGGCCCGGCUGAAGGACACGCAGGACCGGCUCCAGGACCGGGACACAGAGAUCGAUGACCUGAAGACGCAGCUGUCGCGCAUGCAGGAGGACUGGAUCGAGGAGGAGUGCCACCGGGUGGAAGCACAGCUGGCCUUGAAGGAGGCCCGCAAGGAGAUCAAGCAGCUCAAGCAGGUCAUCGACACCGUCAAGAACAGCCUGAUCGACAAGGACAAGGGGCUGCAGAAGUACUUCGUGGACAUCAACAUCCAGAACAAGAAGCUGGAGACGCUGCUGCACAGCAUGGAGGUGGCCCAGAACGGCCUGGCCAAGGAGGACGGGGAGUCGGCGGGCGGCUCCCCCGCGCGCUCCCUCACCCGCAGCUCCACCUACACCAAGCUGAGCGACCCAGCCGUCUGCGGCGACCGGCCCCCUGGCGACCACGCCGGCACCUCCGCCGAGGACGGGGCUGACAGUGGCUUCGUGGCAACCGAUGACACCCUGAGCCGGACGGACGCGCUGGAGGGCAGCAGCCUGCUGUCAUCAGGGGUGGACUGUGGCCCUGAGGAGGCCUCGCUGCACAGCUCCUUUGGCCUGGGCCCCCGCUUCCCCGCCAGCAACACCUACGAGAAGCUGCUGUGUGGCAUGGAGGCCGGCGUGCAGGCCAGCUGCAUGCAGGAGCGUGCCAUCCAGACGGACUUCGUGCAGUACCAGCCUGACCUGGACACCAUCCUGGAGAAAGUGACCAAGGCCCAGGUCUGUGGCACAGUCCCCGAGUCAGGGGACAGGUGCCUGGAGCUGGAUCCCCACCCCCUGGGGCCCAGAGACCCCGACUCAGCAGUGGUGGUGACGGUGGGUGACGAGCUUGAUGCCCCGGAGCCCAUCACCCGAGGGCCGACGCCACACCGGCCUGGUGCCAACCCCAACCCAUCGGUGAGCGUGGCGUGCCCCGUGGAAGAGGAGGAGGAAGCAGCCGCAGCCGAGAAGGAGCCCAAGAGCUACUGGAGCCGCCACUACAUCGUGGAUCUGCUGGCCGUGGUGGUGCCGGCCGUGCCCACGGUGGCCUGGCUCUGCCGCACCCAGCGGCGCCAGGGCCAGCCCAUCUACAACAUCAGCUCCCUGCUGCGGGGCUGCUGCACUGUGGCCUUGCACUCCAUCCGCAGGAUCAGCUGCCGCUCGCUGGGCCAGCAGAGCCUGAGCGAGGCCGGCGCCUCCCAGCUCUGAGGAGGCCCCGCCCGGCCAGCGGCCCGGGCGGCCUGACCACUGAUUGUAGGGGUGCCGUCCUCCCUCGCACACAUUCCCGUGGGGCAUCAUCUUAUUUAUUUAGUUUUGGGUUUGGAAGUGUUUUUUCCGGGGUGUUAACAGUGUCAGGGGGCUGGGAGUAGGGGUUCGGGGAUGGCAUCCCAACACUUCGACAGGAGACAAGGGAAGAGAGACCAAGGGCGGGGAGGCCGCUGAUUGGACAACUGGCAGAGAGAGAACGUGGUGAGUCCCCCAGCCCGGCCCCUGUCCACCUGGUCCUUCCCACAGGGCAGCCCCUGCUCAGGAAGUCUCUGGUGUGUUGUUCCAGGGAGGCUGGGCUGCGUUGCCCUUCAGAGCCUCCCUCACCCGCUACGUCCUGUCCAGUUCCCUGCUCACUCCAGGCCCUCUCUCCCAAGCCACCCCUUGCCCUCGGCCCAGGCUUCUGGGCAGGUACCAUCUCCUCAGAUGGAGGCAGCUGCAGCCCAAAGUGUGGGCACCUGGCCCGGACUCCGAACAGGGUCUGGAACCACUUGGUCUGGGCUUGAGCUCCAGCCUCCUCGGGCUGCUCCCCACUCUGGGAUUCAGAAGCACAGUCAAGGCCAUGGACCUGAGGAAAGACGAUGAUGGGCGAGAGGUGGCAGAGGGCAGUGUGGGUUCCGUGUCUUGUCUGCUCGUCCCAGACCUUCCCCACGAUCUGGUUUCCUCUUGGUGCUUCUGGGUGUGUCUGAUAAUUCCUCCUGUGAGAGCUGAGCCAGACGGGCUUGGUGCUGGGCUAGGAACGCUUGCCUGGGCCCCAGCUCCCACCUGCAUACUCUGCCAGCACGAGAAGAGGAGGCGGGGGCUGGCAGAUCGGGGGGUGGCGCUCCUCCAGCCUUCUGAGAUGAGGCCUUGCCUCUGCGAGGCAGGGCCGGACUCAGCAAUCCUAAGCUGGUUUGAAAAGCCAGAGGCCAUGACUGCCCCUGGAGAGCUCCCCGCAAGCUACUCUGGGGGCCCCAGGACCCACUUCUGCUUUGCACUAUGUUCACUUGGGAGCCUGGUUCUCACGCAUCCCAGGAUCUCCUGUGAGGUGGCUGCUUGCUUUCCAGGGUGAGGGAUCCCAAAUCUUAGGCCUCUCUGCCUCUGGGGGGACUUCUGAGAGGAUGAAUGGCAAGAUGGGGUAUUGAAGCCAUGAUGUUUGUUCAGGCCAAAGCGGGGUGCCCUGGGAUGUUUCCCAGGCUGGGGUGGGGCUGGCAGGAGCCCUGCAGCCUCCUGCUCCCAGCCCGAGCCCAGUCGGCUUGGGAAGGCUCACUGUCCCCCUCCUUCCCCAGGACGGCAUCUGGGACCCCCAGCAAAGCUGCUGACAUUUUAUUUCCAUUGUUAUUUUACAAAGUAAACCCAUUCCUCUUCCCCUGCAGGGCUCACACCCAUCUGGUCAUCGCACCCACUCUUCAGAGUUCGGCCGCACAUUGAAGGGGUGGGCAGGACCCUGUGUCUUACUGACG